AUGGAUGUGAAAGUUAAAAUUGAACAUGAGGAAGUUGAUCUUCCCGACCUGAUAGAUCCUGAAUUCUUGUCCGAUGAACAAGGUGCCCUAAAACAUGAAAUAUACACCUGUUCUGAAUGUCCAGAAGAUUUCAAUUGCGAAUUCCUUCUUAAAGUUCAUCAAAUGAUCCAUGAUAAAACUCAAUACUGUUUUAUUUGCAAAUGUACAAUUCACAAUAAUUUUAAAGAACAUGUUAUGGACCAGCACUUUAACCAAUGCAAUGUUUGUUUUAAAAAUUUUAAUCAUAAAAGAAGCUUAGCUAAUCAUAUGGAACUUCAUAGUGGAAAUUUAAAAUAUUUGAAAUGUGAUAAGUGUGAUAAAAUGUUUAGGCAAAGGGGCAGUUUGUAUUCCCAUAUGUGA